AUGGCCUCCAGAGAUGUGGCUAUGGGAGUGGUCUGCUUAUCACAGAUGGUGGGUGGAGUCUUGGGGAACUUCUCUCUUCUCUACCAUUACUUCUUCCUUUACUUCACUGGGCACAGGUUGAGGCCCACAGAUUUGAUCAUCAAGCAUCUGAUUGCAGCCAAUUCCUUAACCCUCCUCUCAAAAGGAGUCCCCGAGACAAUGGCAGCUUUGGGGUUGAGACCUUUCCUCAAUGAUAUCGGAUGCAAACUUGUCUUCUAUAUCCACAGGGUGGGCAGGGGUGUGUCCAUCAGCACGACCUGCCUCCUGAGUGUCUUCCAGGUGAUCACAAUCAGCCCCAGGACCUCCAAGUGGGCAAAGCUGAAGAAGGCGGCCAAGCAUGUGGGCUUGUCUACUCUCCUGUGCUGGAUCCUCUAUACGCUGAUAAGUGUCAUUGUCCCUAUGUACACGACUGCCAAAGGGAGUAAGACCAACAUCACAACCAGAAAGGAUUUGGGAUUCUGUUCUGGAGCAGGUGUUAACAAAAGCACGCUAUCACUGUGUGUGGUGCUUUUAUCACUCCCUGAUGUGUUCUGCUUGGGCCUCAUGCUCUGGGCCAGUGGCUCCAUGAUCUUCAUCCUGUUCAGGCAUAAACAGCAGGUCCAAUACAUCCGUAAGAACAAUCUUUCCCCCAGAUCCUCCCCUGAGUCCAGGGCCACCUGGAGCAUCCUUGUCCUUGUGAGCACCUUUGUGUCUUCUUACAUCCUCUCCUGCCUUUUUCAUUUUUAUAUUGCUCUUCUUGAUAAUCCCAGUAUUUUGCUGGUGAACACUGCAACCUUAAUCACUGUGUGUUUCCCCACUGCCUGCCCGUUUAUUCUCAUGAGCCGCAAGUCCAGUGAAGCCGGGCUUUGCUUUGCCUGGAUAAAAAUCACAAAGUCCCCUAAACUCAUCAUGAACCUGUAA